UCAUCAUCCUCAUCAUCAUCAACAUCACCUGUAUCGCCGACACAUCAUCCAUCAUCAUCGUCAUUAUCGAAUGCAUAUCAAAUGUUAACACCAUAUCAUCAUCCUCAUCCUCAUCAACAUCCACAUACACAUUCACAUCAUCAUCAUCAUAAUUCACAAACCAAUCAUUCAAUGGCACAGAUUCAUCAUGGACAUUCUCAUCAAACAGCAGCAGCAGCAGCCGCAGCCAUACAACCAUAUCAAACAGCAACACCAUUUCAUCUAUCAUCAUAUGCAACAAUGCGUUCAGCGGCCGCAGCAGCAGCAGCGGCUGCGGCAACAUCAUUUUUAAAUCCUACAGGAACUACACCUUCUGCAGCUGUUUCAAAUUCAUCAUCAUCAUUUAUGACCAAUACAAAUGACUAUCAAUCACCAACAACACAUCAUUCGCAUCAUCAUCAAAAUAAUGGAUCAAAUUCAUAUCUUUUAGCGGCAGCAACAACAACAAGAACAACAGCAGCCGCAGCAACAACAACGACAAUAACAAUAACGACUAUGGAGAAACCAUUACAAAGUUUGGCAGAUACUAGUCAACAACAACCGGAUACUGGUGACAUAUCCGAUGGUUCAAUGGAUGAUAAAUUAUCACCUAUUGGUAUUAUUGGUGGCAAUAGUGGUGGCGGUGGUGGUAAAAAUCAUAAUAAUAAAAAACGUACACGAAGACAACGUACACAUUUUACAUCACAACAAUUACAGGAGCUUGAAUCAACAUUUCAAAGAAAUCGUUAUCCAGAUAUGGCCACAAGGGAAGAGAUUGCCAAUUGGACAUCAUUGACUGAACCAAGAGUUAGGGUAUGGUUCAAAAAUCGUCGCGCAAAAUGGCGUAAACGUGAACGUAAUGCUGCAGCUGAACAAUUGCGGCAAGCAACAGCAUCUGCAACAAAUGUGACAAAUUUUACAACAGCGGCAGCAGCAGCAGCUAGUUUUAAUGGAUUAAUUACACCAUUGGAUCAUCAUCAUCCACACCAUCAUCAUCCUCAUCAUCCACAUCAUGAUCCAUCAUCAUUAUACAGUGGCUAUACAUCAUAUGCAAAUGGAUGGACAACAGCAGCAGCGGCAGCCGCAAAACAUCAUGUUGCAGCAACUGCAGCUGUAGCAAAAAGUGCAUUUACAUGGCCAACAUUGAAUUCGGUUAAUUGUUUUACUAGCACCGGUAGCGGUAGUGGUACAUCAUCAUUGGGUGGAAAUAGCAUUAUCGGUAAUAUUGGAAAUGAUGAUGGAUCAUCCGGUUCAACAACACCGACAUCAUCAACAACAUUACUUGGAACAACAGCGGCAAUAGGUAUUGGUAGUGGUAGUGGAUCAAUAUCCGGUCUUUAUUCAUCAUCACCAACACCACCACCACCACUACCAUAUUCAGCUGCUGCAAUUGUUUAUCAACAAAAUCGUUUGGACGUUGAUGGCGGUGGUGGAAGAUCAUCAUCAUCACCAUUAUCACCACAACAAUCAUCAUUAACUAAUAAUCAUCAUCAACGAAAUCAUGCAGCAACAAAAACGAGCUCUAAUAAUAAAUCAUUAUCAUUAUCAACAUCGACAACACCAACAUCAUCAUCAUCACCACCGCCCCUACAACCACAAUCAACAUCACCAUUAAUUGGUCAUCAUCAUCAUCAUCAACAUCAUCAAAAUCAUCAUCUUCAUAAUAAUCAUCUAGUAACAACAACAACGACAACGAGUAAUAAUAAUAAUCGAUUUAUGAAUCUAAAUGAUGAUAGCUCAACAACACCUACAACACCGUUAUAUAUAACAAAUGAUAACAAUAAUGAUGAUGAAUUUGAUAAUGGUGCUGGUGGAAAUAACAAUAAUUCAUUGAUCAAUAACAAGAAAUUAUGGAUAAUUGAUGCUCAACAUCAAUGCACAACAACCACUGCUGCUACACUGCCAUCUAUUGUUGGUGGAUUAAAUUCAACAAUUCGAAAUCGACUAUUUCGACCGUAUGAUUUGAAUAUUGUUGAAUAG